UCCACUGCAAACUCCACUGAAGGCAGCUUUGCAGGGGCCAGCUUUGGACUUCACAAACUAUUUGCUGACCCGAGACAGUGGUGCUGGCAGAAGAGGUCUGGGGAGGCAAGGAAGGUCUCUUGUUCCUGCCUUGCUUUUUUUUUUUUUUUUCCUCAGUUCAUCCCCUGAGACCAAAGGGCCACAUUAUGAUCCAGCAACAGCUGAGACAGCUCCUGCCAGAGGGAGGGCUUGAUGCCCAUGCUGCCCUUGCCCUGCUUGGUGGCUCUGCAGCAGCCCUGGUGGUCUGGAAGUGGCUGCACAAAAGGCAGAUCCAAAAGAAAAUGGAAGAGGCUCAGAGGACCCGGGAUGAGGGUGUGAAGAAAAUGGCAAAGGCUGUCCAGCAGUUCAGGGAGCAGGUCCCCAGUGUCCAGAGAGAUGCCACUCUGUCCCUGCCCCUGCUGGAACUCACUGCGAGACUGCGAGAAGGGUCUCUGUCCCCCAGGACUGUCCUCUACACCUACUUAGAGAAGGCCCUGGAAGUGACCCAGCAGACAAACUGCUUGAGACAUCUUAUCCCUGAGUGUGAGGAGCAGCUCCAGGAAAUAGAGCAGCAGAAGGAGAAAGGGCUGCUCUAUGGCAUCCCCAUCAGCCUCAAGGAUCACAUCAGCCACAAGGGCCAUCUGUCAACCUGUGGGCUUGUGCAAUACCUGAGCACUCCUGUGCAGGAGGACAGUGUCCUAGUCAAGGUUUUGAAGAGACAGGGAGCCAUCCCAUUUGCAAUUACCAAUGUGCCACAGUCCCUCUUCAGCUAUGACUGCAGCAAUCCUAUCUUUGGCCAGACCUUGAACCCCUUCAACCACCAGAAGAGCCCAGGGGGCUCCUCAGGAGGGGAGGGAGCUCUGAUCGCAGGGGGCGGCUCCAUCCUGGGCAUUGGCUCCGACAUCGGUGGCAGCAUCCGCCUGCCCUCCAGCUUCUGUGGGUUGUGUGGGCUCAAACCCACAGCCCAAAGGCUCAGCCUGGCCGGAACAACUGGCCCAAUCAAUGGGAUUCUGGCAGUUGUUUGUGCCCUGGGGCCAAUGGCAAGGGAUGUGGACAGCCUGGCCCUGUGCAUGAAGGCUCUGCUCUGCCAGGAGAUGUUCCAGCUGGACCCCACCGUGCCCCCGAUCCCCUUCAAUGAGGAGACUUACUCCAGCUCUGCUCCCCUGAGGAUUGGGUACUACGAGACAGAUGGGUACUGCCCCCUGCCCCCCUGCAUGCGGCGAGCAGUGCAGGAGACCCGGGGGGCUCUGCAGGCAGCCGGGCACCAGCUGGUGCCCUUUUCUCCACCCCGGAUCCACUAUGUCAUGACUGAACUCUUUUUGAAGACUUUUUUUGCUGAUGGAGGCUGUGCAUGGUUGGACUUGUUCACAGGAAAUACUGUAGAUCCAAGCUUGAAAUCACUGGUAAAAUCCUGCAAGAUCCCGAGGGUGGUGAAGAAACUGCUGGCUGUGAUUCUUAAACCCCUGUUUCCCCGCCUGGCUGAAUAUCUGAGAGCCUUGAGUGGAAUGAGGUCAGUGAAGGAGAUGUGGAAUCAUCACCAUCAAAUAGAGGCUUAUCGUGCCGAGUUCAUUGCCCUGUGGAGGGAACUCCAGCUGGAUGUUGUGCUGUGCCCUGUCCUGGGACCUGCCUUCACCAGAGGAUACCCUGGAAAACUCCUCACUGCCAUCUCUUCCACGAUGCUUUACAAUGUCUUGAACUUCCCCGCUGGGGUUGUACCUGUCAGCAGGGUGACAGAAGCAGAUGAGGAAGAGCUAAAGCUUUACAGAGGAUGUUGUGGUGAUCCCUGGGACAGGAUACUGAAACAGGCUGUGUCAGGAGCUGUGGGGCUGCCCGUGGCCGUGCAGUGCGUGGCUCUGCCCUGGCGCGAGGAGCUGUGCCUGCGCUUCAUGAAGGAGGUGGAGACCCUGACCCGUGAGAAGAGAGUGGCAUAGCCUUCCCCCUCCCAUGCCUGGGGGGCCAAAGGGACAGCACUGCACAUCUUUUGCAAUCAGUCAUGCAGAGGUUACAGCAAAGAGGGAAGGAGGAAGGAAAUGCCAUUUCCUGACUGCCCUCCGUGCCACGGAUCCGGUAAGGAACCAAGGUGCCAUGCAGAGGGCAAGACUGGCUUAAGCUGAGUUCAAGUGAUGGUAAACCUAGGAACUGCACCUUCCUGGGAGGGUGGACAUGGAUGGGGAUUCAUCUGCAUUCUCAUCCACGCUGCCUCUUGCAGAAGGGAGGAUUACAAAAGCUCAGCAGUGUUUUCUUGGUGGAACUGGAGUAACUUCAUAUGGAUUUAACUAGGGACUGCCCUGUAAGGAAUAGAGCCAUGUCUACCCUCCCUAUCACUGUAUUUUGGUCACAAAAAUAAAAAUGUAACUAUUAAUCAGCUCUUCUAAUAGACUCCAGAAACCCUUCA